AGUGCGGCACCCGUGUCCAGCCUCGGCGCCGGGGACCGAGCGCGUCGAUCGCCGCCGCGGGGCGCGGAGCCGGAGCGCCUGGGGAAGGCGGAGAUGGAGACCCGGCUGCGGCGUGCCAGGAACUGCUGAGCUUUCAGCGGCCGCCGGAGUCCAGCUUAUACUUACUUUGACAAAGGCAAAUUUGGAAACAAUUACUUGAGAACAGUUUGGAUAACAUCUGGGUAAUCAAAACGGACACAAUGAAGCACUUCCUGAGAAUGUUGAUCCAAGUGUGCCUGUAUUUUUACUGCAAAUUUUUGUGGCGCUGCCUGAAAUUUGUAAUGAGGAAGCUGACUGGAAGAUGUGAACUGCAACGGAUCUGUUACAGUACCAAGCCUGGAGCUUCUAGAACCAUGAAAAUUGAAACAUCACUGAGGGAUUCAAAAAGUAAGCUGUUGCAGACUUCAGUGAGCGUUCACCCUGAUGCUAUUGAAAAAACUAUAGACGACAUCAUGGAACUGAAAAAAAUUAACCCCGACGUAAAUCCACAGCUGGGAAUCUCUCUUCAGGCUUGCCUUCUGCAAAUCGUUGGGUACAGAAACCUUAUUGCAGAUGUGGAAAAACUGCGCAGAGAACCCUAUGAUUCCGAUAAUCCCCAGCAUGAAGAAAUGCUUUUGAAGUUAUGGAAAUUCUUGAAGCCCGACACUCCAUUGGAAUCGCGGAUUUCCAAGCAAUGGUGUGAAAUUGGUUUCCAAGGUGAUGAUCCUAAAACAGAUUUUCGAGGAAUGGGACUUCUGGGACUGUACAAUUUGCAGUAUUUUGCCGAAAGGGAUGCUGCAGCAGCUCAGCAGGUCCUCUCUGACUCUCUUCAUCAAAAAUGCAGCAAAUUCAGCAAAGCAGAAUGGGAGAAGAAAAGGAUGGAUAAAGCAAUUGGGUACUCAUUUGCGAUUGUGGGCAUCAAUAUAACUGAUCUGGCGUAUAAUCUACUGGUGAGUGGAGCUCUAAAAACUCAUUUCUACAACAUCGCCCCAGAAGCUCCAACAUUGUCUCACUUCCAACAAACAUUCUGCUAUUUGAUGCACGAGUUUCAUAAAUUUUGGAUUGAAGAGGACCCCAUGGACAUAAUGGAAUUUAAUCGUGUGCGGGAGAAAUUCCGCAAGAGGAUCAUAAAACAGCUGCAGAACCCAGACAUGGCGCUGUGCCCACACUUUGCUGCCUCGGAAGGUUUAAUCAACAUGUAGUCACCCACGCUGGUUUUAGUGGAUACCCCGGAAGACUGCCUCAUUGUCAUGUUAGAUCUCUGCUUAGGUCCCAGCUCACACACCGAAUGCACAGUAAUUGUAUGCAUGCCUUUUGGUACAGUAUUUUCAUCUCUUGGUCAUAAUUACCAGAUCCCCAGAUACCACUAUUUCUGGAGUAUCUGUCAUCCAGUGACUGUCAUAUUGUGGCAUUAUGCAGUGUUACAUCUUGCCUUGACACCCAGGUAUGGAGAGAGUUUUCUAUUUUUUUAGAUUGUUUUCCUCCCCCUCAUAAUUCAACAUUGAAGAAUUGUAUUUCUCCAGCUGUAUUUUGUAUGUCAGAGAUUUAGCUGAAUCUUUUGCUGUGAAAGCCUUUUAAUUUAUUGAUAUGUUUCUUGACUACUGCUGCUAGCUUUUCAAGCCAGAUUCAUGCUUGGACCUCGUUCUAAUAAAGUAUGACUUUAAAAUAAUACAGACAGACAGACACAUGAUAAGCCAAACCAUUCCUGCAAACAUAGCCGCACUUCGUGAAAAUGUAAUGAGACUUACAAGAAGCAAAUCUAGGUAGGUGCUGUUUUUGUUUGAAGUACCGCAGAAUUAUAUUGUAACUUACCCCCGGUUGCAAUUCUGUCUUAGUCAUCUGGAUAUCAAAUUAUUUUAUUUCCAUAAUUUCACUGGCUUGGAUCCUUAAGUACGUUUGUGAUGCUUGGAGCCUUAGACAAGAAGUAUGCAUACUUUAAAAGUUACAAAAGGUUUUUCACUGCCUGUCUCUUGCUGAACUCAGAGUUACACCCUGGCUCUACACACCUGCUCUUCUGAUCCAAGCAUCCAGGCUUGGGGAACUGAGUGCUGACUGGUUUGUUUUCUGUGACAAGAGGCAAUGUUAAAAAACAAUUUGCAAGCAAAUGUGUUACAAUAGAGAAACCUAACCUAUGUCAUUCUGCAAUAUUUCUUGAAAAUAACGACUUUGUCUUGUAUCGGUAGAAGUAAAUUGCUUGGAAGGGGGAAAAAUAUCAAAUCAUUCCAAAACUGCUAAAGAUCAUUUUAAAAA